AUAUUUGUAAUGGUAUUCGGCCAAAAACAUGCAAUUUUGUGCCUCAAACUUAUAAUGAUAUGCUAAGAAAAUGUUGGGAUCAAAAUCCUUUAGAACGACUGACUAUAGCUAUGAAAUCGACAUUCAAUGAAUAUGCAUCUAAACUUAAAGAAUAUGAAUUGAGGAAACAGGAUUUGAAAUUAAAUCAGGAAUUGCUCAAUUCGCAUAAUGCAACUAUAACAUAUAAUUUGAUGAGAUGGAAACAGAUAUUCCUAUUCAUCGGAAUGCAGUAUACAAAAGUCGCGCUAUUAGUAUUAGCAAUGGAUAUAUGA